UUUAUUGCCGAAAUUGUUGUUGUAAUAAGCAAUGAAAACCACAUUAACUUUUCACUUCACUUUAUAAACAGUCGACGAAACAGUUCACGUGUAGAUGUAAGUUGUGUGCUGCCGCUGUCUUUCUUCUCCUCGGACGCAUAGGCCAAUCGAGUGGAAGAGAGAUAGAUGCGGCGCAAGCGUACAAUGAGCGUAACGGGACACAGCGUAACGGAACAAUAUGCCAAACAGGACACUUUUUCGUGCGUGCAGCCGGCGUUCAUCGAUUUAUUAGACUUCACGUCAAAAAAUAAAAAUAAGCCAACGGGUUUAACGCAGUACCUACACGUAGUGAUGGGUAGUGGAAAGUUUCCAGUCGGAAAUUUCCUGCCGAAAACUUUCAAAAAUGGAAAAUUUACAGACCUCAUGGAAACUUUGAAAAAAAGUGGAAACAUUGGGAAACAUUGAAUUUUUUUUAGCUGUAAUUCAAUAUUCUUACAUUUGUUAUGCAAUCAUUGCAGAUUUAAUAAGAGCUUAGUUAGCAUAUUAAUUUAUCCAUAUCGACCAUAUCAGUAAAGAGUAUAAUAUUCUCCCUGAAUGCUUUUAUUAUGGGAAACCAUGCUGGUAAAAUUUCUGUUAAAAUUUUCUUGUGUGUUUACCUUGUAAUUUUGUGCGAGACAAAUGUGGGAUUGAAUUUCACUUUUGGGUACUUCAAACUUUAUACCAAUUUCAAAUCACACACUAGUUCUCAUGUUUCCACUCUUCUUCCAGGAAGAUAAGAUAAAGUGCUUUGAGCAUUUGCCAUAUAUGGUAUAUUGUUUCUGUUCUCACACUUCUAGUCUUCUCCCAACUUAACCCAUUUUGUACAUAUUACUGCUAGACAGUCAGUCCUGUUGUGCUUGCUACACGAGACGCAUUGUGCUAGUAUAGCUGGUUUUGAGGCUGAAUUUUAUAAGUGUUAUCUGGUUAAUGAAAAAUGGGCAAGAUUAAAGGUGAUAUUUGGAGUUAUUUUUCCGAAAAAUCAGUUCAAGGAAAAAUCAAAGGGUUCUGUGUAUUUUGUGAUGUGUCAUACUUCAGAAACAGUACAAGAAUGGUAAGGCACAUUAAAAAGUGUCCAAAAUGUCCAUUGACUAUCAAAUCCAAGUUUCUGGGAAGUGAAAAACAAGAAAAAUAACUUUCAAAUGGAACUACAUGUCCUGAAGUGUGCAAUACUGCUGGUCCAAGUUCAUCAGUAAACUUAAGUGAAAAUAUGGCUCAGAUUUACAGUGAAACACAAAAUUCACCAUCAUCUUUACAACUUGAAGUCUCAAGUGCUUCAGAAUGUGCCGGAACUAGUGCCAGUACUAAUACAACUAGGCCAAUAUGGUCUAACUCACACAGAGUAAAUUCAACAAUGUUUUCUUUUCUCGACCAUAUGACUCCAACAGCUAAGGUAAGUGUCACUUUAAUACAGGCUUGUCUUGUGCCUAGUCGUUAUGCUUGAUUUACUAAUGUUUUUAAUAUAAUCUUAACUUGAUAUGUUUAAGAUGCAUCAUUAGUAAUGCAGAACUAAUUUUAAAAAAUUAGUAUUUUAUGUUUGUUUUAGCUUGUGAACCAGUUAGGUAUAACAUGUUUUGUAAAUAAAAAUUAAAAAUUAAAUCAGUGAUAGGUAUAUAAGUGACUGAAAAAUUCCUUUAAAAGAAAAGGAAACUGGAACAUGUCUUCCAUAUAAACCUUAAAAUUUUUUAAAUAGUACAACUAAUUCAAGUAAUGGAAUCUUUUGUUUUGCAGGACAAAGCCAAUGAGUUGCUGGCUAAAGCUAUCUAUGUUAGUGGAGCACCUUUAUCAAUGGUUGAGCAUCCACUGUGGCAAGAAUUCUUUAAGUUAAUUCGCCCCGCGUACAGUCUGCCAACACGAAAAUCAGUUUCAACAACCCUUCUUGAUGCAGAGUUUGCAAAAACUCAAAAUAGAAUUAAAGGAAUAAUAGCUGAUGCAAGAAACCUUGCUCUGCAGUGCGAUGGCUGGAGCAAUCUGAGGAAUGAAAGCAUUUUGAAUUUCAUCAUCAACACACCACAGCCAGUGUUUGUAGACUCUAUUAAUACCAAAGACAACCGUCAUACUGGAGAAUACAUCGCUGGUGAAAUGAAAACAAUUUUGAUGAAAUAUGAUCCAAGAAAGUUCUUAGUGGUUAUUGGUGAUAAUGCUUCCAACAUGAAGAAAGCAGGUGAACUGGUAGAAAAUGAAUUUCCACAUAUUGUGUCUAUUGGAUGUAUAGCACAUACACUACAUCUUUUAUGCAAUGAUAUUGUGAAGUGUGAGUCAGUUUCUAAUUGUUUCAAAAGAGUAGUUGACAUCAUUAAAACAAUAAAACAGUCUCAUAUUUUAACUUCAGUACUUUCUGAAAUUAAUGAGACAAAAGGUAACAAAACUACCCUUCACUUGCCUGUUGUAACCCGUUGGGGAAGUUUCUUACAUUGCUUAGACAGUAUGAUGAACAACAGAGUAAGUUUACAGACCUUAGCAGUAAGCGAAAAAGUUGGUAAUGCAAUUUCAAAAGACAUUAAAACCAACAUUUUGGAUGAUGAUGUGUUUUGGGUAAGAAUUGAAAAAUUGACUAACCUGUUACGGCCAGUUGUUUCCUGGAUUUCAAGGUUAGAAUCAGAUAAACUCAAUAUUCAUAACACACAUGGAGCUUUAGCUGAAAUUGAAGAUGCUUUAAAAGUGUCACUUCCAGAAUCCCCACUUUCAAAGAGCGACGAGAAAAUUGUACUAAUGAAAAUGGAAACCAGGAAAGAUUUUGCUUUGAAACCUAUCCAUCUGGCUGCCUCUUCACAAGGCCAUACACUUAAACCUGAUGAACAGUUGAGUGCUGUUGAGUAUAUAUGCAAAAUUUCAACCGAUAUGGAACACAUUGAAGAAGGUAUAGUUUUAACAGAGUUAGCUCAGUACCGAAGUAGAGAAGGUAUGUGGGCCAAAGAAUUAAUUUGGAUGGCGCUUGAAAAAGGUAAAAUUGAACCCUGUACUUGGUGGAAAGGUCUGUGUGGUCAUACACAGCUGUCAAAAGUAGCAAACAGAAUCUUAGGUAUGCCAGUAACCCCUCCCUGCUGCUACAGAGAGGUCUUUCAGUACAUAUGGUAGUAUACAUACAAAACUAAGAAACCGCUUGACCACUGAAAGAGCAGGUAAAAUUUCAUUCAUUGCCCACAACUGGAAAUUGUGCCACCACAUCCUGGAGGACAUUGAAAAAUUGGAAAGGAAAGAUUCUAUUACUGUCAUUGUGGAAGACAAAUGUGAGAAAGUACAGCAGAAGAAAAAACUACCACAGUGUGUUUUAAAAGAAGACAGUGCAUCCUGUUCUAACAAUGAAACAGAAGAGGAAGAAAACCGUGAUUUCAGUUAUGAGGACAAUGAUGAUUUCAUUGGUUUCUAAGACCCAAUAUGACUUAAAUAAAGACAUUUUUGUUUCCAAUUCAGUUAAAACUGUAACAUGUAUGAUUUCUUAUUAUGAAUGCAACUAAUUGUUGAUCAAUAUUUUUUUUUAGUGUUCUAUUUGUUACAACUUCAAAUCUAUGUAGUCAAAUAUUUUAACUGUGAUUGACCAGGUAAUUGUUUUUUCAGAAGGAAUCAUUUCUGUUAAAUCUGCAGUUAAGUAUUAUUCUUUACCUUAAAUUUUCUUCCACUACAUUAGCUUUUUGUAAUGUUGAAAGCAGCUGAUUAAAUAAUUUUCAGAUUAAAAAACUGAUUAGGCCUACUUGCAAUGAAUUUGUGAACUGUAUUUGUAAAAAGAAUAAUUCGACCUAAAUGUUGAAAUUAAUUUAGAACAGCACCCACAGUAAAUUCUACAUCGCUAA